ACUGUGGCGAUGUCUGGGAGAGGAAAGGGCGGUGGCGGGAAAGCUCGGUCGAAGGCGAAGUCCCGGUCGUCCCGGGCUGGGCUGCAGUUCCCGGUGGGCCGUGUUCACAGGCUCCUGAGAAAGUGUAACUAUGCUGAGCGUGUGGGUGCCGGAGCGCCGGUCUAUGUGGCUGCGGUGCUCGAGUACCUGACGGCUGAAAUCCUCGAGCUGGCCGGUAACGCGGCCCGGGACAACAAGAAGACCCGCAUCAUCCCCAGGCACCUCCAGCUGGCCGUGCGCAACGACGAGGAGCUCAACAAGCUGCUGGGAGGGGUGACCAUCGCUCAGGGCGGGGUGCUGCCUAAUAUCCAGGCCGUGCUGCUGCCCAAGAAAACCGCCGCUGGGGGCGCCACUAAAAAAAAGCUGAUUGUGGCGAUGUCUGGGAGAGGAAAGGGCGGUGGCGGGAAAGCUCGGUCGAAGGCGAAGUCUCGGUCGUCCCGGGCUGGGCUGCAGUUCCCGGUGGGCCGUGUUCACAGGCUCCUGAGAAAGGGUAACUAUGCUGAGCGUGUGGGUGCCGGAGCGCCGGUCUAUCUGGCUGCGGUGCUCGAGUACCUGACGGCUGAAAUCCUCGAGCUGGCCGGUAACGCGGCCCGGGACAACAAGAAGACCCGCAUCAUCCCCAGGCACCUCCAGCUGGCCGUGCGCAACGACGAAGAGCUCAACAAGCUGCUGGGAGGGGUGACCAUCGCUCAGGGCGGGGUGCUGCCUAAUAUUCAGGCCGUGCUGCUGCCCAAGAAAACCGCCGCUGCGGGCGCCACUAAAAAGUGAAGGGGCCGUUCUGUAACCUGACAACCCAAAGGCUCUUUUAAGAGCCACCCACAACAUCAAUGAAAAGCAGUUAGACUGUCA